GAUGCAGAUGCGUGCGCGGCGGCCACAGUGAGGCGCUCAAGAUGGCCGUCACGUACAUCUGAUCGGAGGUGUGUGUGCCGAAAUUCGACGCCGAUUUGACGUGACGAGGGUGGGCGAUGCAACUCGCGUCGCUGGCAUGGUGAUCGCGAGGAGAUAACUGGACGUCAUCCCGGUUCCUCGACGCGAACCGUCUCGGGCGUCGUCGUCGAUGGUUGCUGUUCCCAUCUCCGCGGCCGCCGGCGGCACGAAUCAUGUUCAGCAAGAAGCUCCAUGUAGACGUCAAGAAGUCGACGCUCAAGAUCCAGGAUGUUAAGAAGGACAGCGCGACGCGGUUCAAGCAUCUCAAGAUCGUGCUAGAAAACGUGGACACUGAUGAGGCAAAAGGCUUUUUCGAGGGUAACUUCAGCCAUGUGUACUUCAUCCUGUACGAUUGUUUCGUGUCCGCUGAAGCAAAUCUUCGGCAGCGCGAGCUUUCCUUCCAUAUUGUGCAUAAAGCACACAGGGAGGAGUUAGAACAAGUAUUGCAGCUUUUGGAGAAAAUUUUAACUCUUCUUCCUGAGCUGCUUAACAAACGAUGGCAGUGUCACAGUUUAGCACGCAUCUUGCAGAAACUUUUGCAUCCUGGUAAUAGUUGGAAACUUCGUAGACAAGCUAUAAGGUAUUUUAUUUUAUGGUAUCAAGCCCUUGGCGAAAAUGCUCCCGAACACAUACAUCAGAUGUUUGCCAGCUUGGUUCCAGGAUUUCCACCGCAUCAAGCGUCGCCUUAUAAAUGUGAUCGUAAGUUGGAUAACAAAAAAGAAAAACUAACAAAAGCAGCUAAUUCCGAGGAAAAGGACAAGAAGGAAUUUUAUGACACGCAACUUGGGCAAAGUACUUUUCAUGACAAUGGAUCAAAUCAAUGUCCUAUCAGUCAAGUUGACAGUGGACCUAUCUUACCACCGCAAAGUGGAGAAAAGCCACUUGACAACGAAACUGUUAGAUUUUUGGAAGCAUUGCUUGAAUUUAUGGUUACUCAGGUGGUAAAAGUAGAAUGGCGAGAUAAAUCUACACGGCAGCAUAAAACUUUCCAAUUUUUAUUAGAACGUUUUAAGGUAGCAUAUCUACGUCACAUCUGUCCGGAAUUUAAUGACAAUUUUUCGCUUUACAAACCUAACUUGGAAUUACCCACAAUGCGUAAACCAUUGAAUCAAAAUCAGAAUAAUUAUGUACUUUGUAAAGUCGCUUUAAUCAAAUGGGUCGCCAGUUUCACGCAUGUUGCUAGAAAAGAUGGACUUUUCGCACAUCUUUCGCAAAACACAACACCAAAUGAGGAAAACGCCGAAUCGGAAUUACGCCGUGUGUCGAUGUACACUCAAAAUUCUGUAGAUUCGAAUUUGUUGUCACCUGAAUCAACCGUGUCGCAGCAGGAUGGCCAAAAUCAGGAAGACAGUGCCGUUUCAGCUAUGUUAGUCAGAGAGGUUUUAUAUGGAAACAGAGAUAAUGUAAACUUCGUACACGAAUUGUAUAGACAAGCAUUUCUUUUGGAUUUCCAUCAUGCAGGAGCCAUAAGAAAAGCUAUUGCCGUUUAUAAAGAUUGGAUUCAAAUGAAUGAAAUACCUCCAUUUAUGUUGGAACCAUUGGAGGGCCAUAAAGAUCGGGAUUUCGAGGAGAGUCAAAGAAGAGAAAGUGAAAUGGAGAAAAGUCCGUCCGAUAGUUAUCGGCAAACGAGAUUAAGAAAUGAUUCUUAUCUUGGUGCAAUACACCGCGAAAACUUGUUUAUUAGGGCAGGCCUGCAAAAUGUUCUGCAAAUUUUUAUCACACAAGCAUCAAACGUAUUUUUCUUAGAGAAUUCGGGACCGAAUGCGUCUUUAACGUUACUCGAGGAACAAACGGACAGUUGCAAGAGAGUCCUAAAUGUGUAUCGAUACGUUGUUAUGCACUCCAGACUGGAACCUGCGACUUGGGAACAGUUACUUAGAGUGUUACUGCAAAUUACAUCGCUUGUACUAAGCGAGAAGUCUUCUCGCCGCAAGCAUCAGGAAAGCAUCGGUGGGAAACUUGCGCCUGCCAUAUUCCAGACUCUAAUUGUUACAUGGAUUAAGGCUAACUUAAACGUGGUUAUUUCUACCCAGUUAUGGGACCAGUUUCUAGAGGUGUUAACAUCGUUGACACAAUGGGAGGAAUUAAUUCGAGAGUGGGCGAAAACUCUGGACACGCUAACGAGAGUGUUGGCGAGACACGUGUACAAUUUGGAUUUGAAUGAUCUACCUUUGGAUCGACUCAGCGAACAGAAAUCAAAAAAGAGACGUGGAGUCGGAAGCCGCGCGGCAUCGACCGGAAGCGUACAACCGCCUCGAAAAGGCAGCGUUGAUCAAGAGAACAAUACCGUGCCGAAAGAAAGCGUCGUAGAUCACCCACUGCGCGAUAUAAGAAAGGUGCGACCAUUGCCACGUAGUGCGAGCGAUAACACUAUAUACAACGUCAAGACUCGUGCGAAGUUGCAUAGACAGCGGACGCACACGAUACACAGCGGUAUUCCCGUACUCCCCCUAUCGAUAGAACAAGAUAUGGCGCGGUUACUGUCGACUCGACGCGGCUCGACUUCGUCAUCAGCGACUGGUCGGAAAAUACUGUCCAGCAGACGUGCCAAAUCUCUGGAUAGCAUUGUUAUAGUUGAUAGCGAACCGCCGUCGCCACGCUGCCCGUCGCCGACACCCAGCAGUGGUGUUGACAGCAACAAAGAUAGUCCCAUACAGAUAGAAAAUAUUGAUGGUAGCAGUAUCGAUACAAAUGACGCAUCUGAGAGGAGAUCAGUAAUGGCAGGUGGAGGAGUCCGUGGAUGGUUGCCAGAUGUAGCUGUCGUUUUAUGGCGACGUAUGCUCUCGGCAUUAGGAGAUGUUAAUAAUAUUCAAGAUCCUGUUCUGCAUGGCCAAGUCAUGGAUUAUCUUGUACAACUCACACAAACAUUGAUUAAAAUACGUUUAAAUCAAGGAGUUUCCGGAGAUAAUCAAGCGACACCUCCAGCACCAGAGCUAAUUCCACCUCUAACAGUCAUUGCACCUUGGUGUUUCAAGGCAAUUCAACUUCCCGAUCAAUAUGAAAGUGGUAAAUUAGCUGCGUAUCGUCUUAUAUGUCUCUUAACAGUGCAACCAUUGGACAUCAGUCUGCCAAAACAGCAUCUCACACUCUUCUAUCGCGCUGUUCAUAAUGGAAUUGCUAGUAACGACAGUAAAGUACUGCAUGUACUUGUGAAAUAUACAGGACCGAGAUUAUUUAGUCUGAAUCUACCUGGGUCGAGUCUUUUAAUUUUGGAUUACAUACACGCUGCUAAUGUGAUACUUAGCAGUCAAGAUGUCGAGGCACCACGAACAGAAGCUGUUUCUAUUAUCGGCUCAUUGUUAUCCUUACCUGUUGCAAUGAUCAAACUACCCGUGUUACAACCAAAUGGACCUGAUAUUGUAACUAUGACAUGUCCAGAAGCAAAAGAGCAUAUUGUAACAAUACUUUUGCGAAGCUGUCGACGAGAACCCACUGGUAUUGCGAGAUGUCUGGCCCUAUCAAGUAUCGCGAUGUUUGUAUAUAAAGAACUAUCUUACAAAACGCAACAUCCGAGAAUUCCGGAAGCUGUCACAGUUCUUCUCCUUGCACUUAGACGGAUGCAAGGAGCAGAGCGUCGCAGAGCUGGUUUCUGUUUUCCUCUAAUGGAUCAGGCUUCUCACGCCACUGUUGCACAGGUCGCGUGUGAUUCUUUGUUACUUCUCUGCGAUAAAGCUGAUGUGUUGCUAGAGUUGUAUCCUAAUGUGCCAUCUAAGAUAAUACAGAUCUUAUCGGAUACACUUGGGCGAAUGACAACGCGUGAAAGACGCGGACCUUUAACAGUAUCAAUGUUAUUUUGCUUGGGUGAAUGGGCUAUGCACUUAGGACCAACAGUAUUACUACAGGUGUUUCAAGGAAAACCUCUUUUGAUGACCUUAUUUACAGUGUUAAACAACAUAGUGCAAAAUAAAGUUGGAAAGGAAUUUUCGAAAACUAUUAGGAAUAAUCAAGAUGACGAUGAUGAUUUUGAUCCUAAUAUUACGUUGGAUAAUUUAAUUGAUGAGUCCUCCGCCAAAUCGCCUCGCAAAGGAAAUAUUCAGUCUGUACAGUUGGCAGCAAAAAUGGUACUGAUGCAUUUAAUCAAUCACCUGGGACACUUUCCAAUGGGUAUCGGAGCCGCGCGUCUCUCAUCGCUAGUCGUUGAAUUGGACGACGUUCCUGGAAUUGAUGGGGACGAAUUGUCCUCUGCCGUUUUUCAAGCACCCAACAUACAACUUUUGAUGCUUUCUAAUUCGAUCAUAAUGUCAUUGGUAGAAUUGGCAGCGUUGGACGCACCCGGCGGAGGCGUCACAGCUGGUUUGACUACAGCUCCUUCUCUGGUCAGAGUUCUGUUGCGUGAUCUCGCUGGAAAAGCUUCUUGGGACAGUUCAAUCUUGUAUAGCCAGCCAUUUGUUGAUGAUGAUCUGCCAUUGCCGUUUGCUAAACCUAUUGAUUGGAGUGUGAAAUCACAUACAGACGAUUUAAAUAGCGUUAUCACAUCCCAUAACUGUACACCCAGACACACAAUACGGCAUCGCGAGCCGCACAUAUUGCCGACCUUUGCGAACGCUGCGAGCGAUAUGGACAAUUUGGACGAUCUUCUUCAAUAUAUAGGACAUACCAGUCCGGAAGUCUUAACCAAUCCCGAAGUCGCUCUCAAUGCACCUGCUAAUCCACCUCAAGGACAUUAUCUUGAAGGCGAGACUAUUGCGACAAUUUUGAAUCAAAGAAAUACAGAGCAAGAACACAUAAACAAUUGGAAUCAACACAUCAGUAUGAGCGCAACGGCAAUCAGUCCACCGUCGUGUCGCCCACCCCCAGCGCCAUUUCAUCACUGCCGUCUUCUGUUUUCGCAUCUCGGUUUGUCCGGCUGGGAACUGCGUAAGAAAUUGCAUUUGCUGGCGAAAAACGAAAAGCUCCUACGCGAGCUUCGUAAUCUCGACGGCCAACGGUCUCGGGAGACACACAAGAUAGCGGUGAUUUACGUCAGCCAGGGCCAGGAAGACAAGAACUCCAUACUAAGCAACGUCACUGCCAGUAAGGAGUACGAGAGCUUCAUCGCAAGACUUGCUUGGGAAGUCGAAUUGGAAUCGCACACUGGUUUUCUAGGCGGCUUGGUGCCUGGAAAGGCAUCCGGUGUCACCGCACCAUACUACGCUACGUCUUUCACUGAAGUUCUCUUCCACGUUGCCACGAGAAUGCCGUCGGAUAGCCCCGAGAGUUUGUUGCAAAAGACACGGCAUCUUGGCAAUGAUGAAAUCCACAUAGUUUGGUCGGAGCACUGGCGAGAUUAUCGUAGGGAUAUCAUACCCACAGAAUUCUGCGAUGUCCUUAUAGUCAUUUAUCCGCUAAAAAACAAGCUGUAUCGAAUACAGAUUUCGCGUAAAUCGGAAAUUCCAUUUUUCGGCCCUUUAUUCGACGAGUGUAUCGUGGAGGAUAAGGUAUUACCAGGUUUGGUAAGGACGACCGCAUUAGCCGCGAGCAGAGCAAAGAGAUCUACGCUUACAUUAUACCAACAUUAUUACGAGGAAAGGGCGCGAUCCAUCGAUACUGUUAUGAGAAAUCACAAAGAAGCUACGACAUUUGAGGAGUUUACGGCCAAUGUUUAUUCACCAGUGCAACCGCCAAGCCCGUUUAGCGCAGCUUCGUCUGUUUCUGGAUCUACAACAAGCGUGCAAUCCACAGCAUCGUCAAAUCUCGCCGCAGCCCUUAUUGAUUCGCACCAGGGACGCUCCGGUUUACGCAGCAGUUCGACAGCGAGCAGUGACAACCGUGCGAAUAGAGUCUUGCAAAAUAUAUUCAGAGUUUCUGAUGGAAGCAGAGUAUGGUUUAGCAAUGAUAUCCCUGAGAGUACUGCGCUCCACGGAAUUUCACCAAGACCCGUGAAAAAGAUGUCCUUUAAAACUGGACCAAAACAAAAGGCUAACACGCAACCGACACCGCCAGACAGUCCAAGAUACAAAUAAAAGGUCUUUUUUUAUUCAUAUUCAGAAAAAUGCUCUGCACAACUAAUUGAACUCGCCGAUCGUUGUACUUUAAAGGAACUGUUCGGACAAAAGUUAAAGUAACGAGUAAUUAUACGAUAGAGUAUUCCACUGUUAGUAUUUCGCGCUUAGCGUGAAUUGAAAAUGACAACAAUACCUAGGGGCAACUUCAUACUUUUGCCAAUCGAUAUACACUUUAUUCCCAGUGGGGAUUGAAUAUCUGAUUAACGCGUUUUCUGUUUUCCGUCCUUAGGUUUAAUUUUUAUAUUGAAUGUACAGAUCGUUGUUUAUUUGUUGCAACGUGAAUAUUAAUUUAUUGGAAAGUAAAUAUAUAUGAUAAAUUUAUUAUUAUAUUAUAUAUUAUAGAAGUAUAUAAUUAUAGAUAUAUAUACUUCUUAUAGACUUAUUGAUGUCGACAGACAGUUAUUUACAUUGUACAGCACUUAAGUUUAAUUUAUCCUAGUACUUCGAUAGCUAGAAUAAAUAAUUUUGGAAUUUAAAAUUUCUAUCUUAAAUAUAUUAAAAGUAGCAUAGAGAAAUACUAACAUUGUCAGAAUGCUCUGCGGUACUGCUAUAUGGCCUUGUAAUUAUCUCAUUUGUCACAGGAGAGUAUAUACAUAGAAUAUAGAUAUAACUAUUUUAUUAUUGAUUGGCAAGACAAAUGCGAGAGAGGAUUUUACGAUUAAAAGUUCCCGAUAACGCUUGUCAGCUUGUACAUUAAAGUCAUAUUCCACAGAUGGAGUUGAUAGGAAUUUAAUAAUUGCACUAGCCUGAUUUGAAGAAAAAAAAAAUGAUUAUUAUGAUUUACGAAGUGAUAAAUAGCCAUUUUCAAAGAAAAAGAAA